UGUGUGAGGUUUUCUCGUGUAUUUAAUUUAUAUUUUAAACUCACCUGUGUGAUCCUGAGACACUGCAAGAAGUCACGAUGUUUGCUGUGCACUUGUUGGCCUUUUACUUCACCAAGCUGCAGGAGGAUCAGAUCAAAAAGGUGGACCGGUUCCUACAUGCCAUGCGUCUGUCUGAUGAACAGCUCUUGGACAUUAAGUCUCGAUUCCGUGUGGAGAUGGAGAAAGGCCUGUCUAAAGAGAGCAACGUUGCAGCCGCUGUCAAAAUGCUACCCACACACGUCCGCUCCACUCCUGAUGGCUCAGAGAAGGGUGAGUUCCUGGCACUCGAUCUCGGAGGUUCCAAGUUCAAAGUCCUGCAGGUGAAGGUAUCUGAGGAUGGGAAGAGGAAAGUGCAGAUGGAGAGCGAGACAUUUCCGGUCCCUGUGGAGGUUCUCAAUGGGAGAGGAACAGAGCUUUUUGAUCACGUGGCAGAGUGUCUAAAAACCUUCAUGCAGAAGAAUAACAUCAAUCAGAAGAAAAAGCCACUGGGUUUCACCUUCUCCUUCCCCUGUCUCCAGACAAAACUCGAUGAGGGUGUGUUGCUGUCAUGGUCAAAGAACUACAAGGCCAGAGGUGUUAAAGGUACUGAUGUGGUACAGUCACUGAGGCAAGCCAUCAACAAAGUUGGGGGGAUCGAUGUGGAUGUUCUGGCGCUGGUCAGUGACACAGUGGGGACCAUGAUGACUUGUGGAUACGAUGACCAGCAUUGUGAAGUGGGACUCAUCAUAGGUACAGGCACUAACGCAUGCUACAUGGAGGAGAUGAGACACAUUGACCUGGUGGAAGGAGAUGAGGGCAGAAUGUGCAUUAACACAGAGUGGGGAGCAUUUGGAGAUGACGGAGUGCUCGAUGAUUUCAUUACAAGUUUUGACCAGGAAAUUGAUGCAGCCUCCAUCAACCCUGGAAAACAACUGUUUGAGAAGAUGGUAAGUGGGAUGUACAUGGGAGAACUGGUGAGGCUCAUCCUGCUGAAGAUGGCCAAACGAGGCCUGCUGUUUAAAGGAAGAGUCUCAGAUGCUCUUCGUACCAAAGGGAGAUUUCAAACUAAGCACAUCUGCCUGAUAGAAGAGUACAAAGAUGGGCUGAAAAACACUAAGGAUAUCCUUACAGAGCUGGGUCUCAGUGCCACAGAGGACGACUGCAUUGCUGUCCAGCAUGUUUGCACCAUUGUGUCCUUCAGGUCGGCGAACCUGUGCGCCGCUGCACUGGCUGCCAUCCUCCAUCGCAUCCUGGAGAACAAGAAGCUAAAGACUCUAAGGACCACCGUUGGUGUGGAUGGAACUGUCUACCGAACUCAUCCCCAGUACGCAAAGAGGCUCCAUAAAGUCGUACGCCGCCUGGUUCCUGAGUGCUAUGUCCGUUUUGUGUUGUCGGAAAGUGGCAGUGGUAAAGGGGCAGCCAUGGUGACUGCAGUUGCCCAACGCCUAGCAUCACAGCGCAAAGAGAUUGACAACACGCUAGCAGAAUUCACCCUCAGUCUCACACAACUCCAACAGAUUAAAGAUAAAAUGCGAGAGGAGUUGGAGCGUGGCCUCAGAAAGGACUCGCAUAAAUCCGCCUCAGUCAAAAUGCUGCCCACAUAUGUUUACAAGACUCCAGAUGGCACAGAGACAGGAAAAUUCCUAGCCUUGGAUCUGGGUGGAACAAACUUCAGAGUGCUGGUGGUGAAGAUCCGUAGUGGGAUUCGUAAAUCUGUCCGCAUGUACAACAAGAUCUAUGCCAUCCCACUGGAAAUCAUGCAGGGCACCGGAGAAGAGCUCUUUGAUCACAUAGUGCAUUGUAUCUCAGAUUUCCUGGACUACAUGGGGAUGAAAAACACCUGCCUGCCCCUUGGCUUCACCUUCUCAUUUCCAUGCAGACAGACUGGAAUAGAUAAGGGAAUCUUGGUGAGCUGGACCAAAGGCUUUAAAGCUACUCACUGUGAGGGUAAUGAUGUGGUGGACAUGUUGAGGGAGGCCAUUAAGAGACGAAAUGAAUUUGACCUUGAUAUUGUUGCCGUGGUAAACGACACGGUUGGUACGAUGAUGACGUGUGCAUAUGAAGACCCUAAUUGUGAAAUUGGACUAAUUGCUGGAACCGGCAGCAAUGUUUGCUACAUGGAAGACAUGAAGAACAUAGAAACAGUGGAAGGGGAUGAGGGGCUCAUGUGUGUGAACACAGAGUGGGGUGGUUUCGGUGAUAAUGACAACAUUGAGGACAUCCGGACACGGUUUGACCGGGAAGUGGACUACGGCUCCCUGAAUGUGGGAAAACAGAGGUUUGAGAAGAUGACCAGUGGAAUGUACCUGGGAGAAAUUGUCAGGCAGAUUCUCAUAGAUCUCACCAAGCGGGGUCUUUUGUUUCGUGGCCGCAUUACAGAGUGUCUUAAGACGAGAGGAAUCUUUGAGACCAGGUUUCUCUCACAGAUUGAAAGUGACCGUCUGGCGCUGCUGCAAGUCAGAUCUAUUCUACAGCAUUUGGGCCUGAACAGCACAUGCAAUGAUAGUAUCAUCGUCAAGGAAGUGUGUGGUGUUGUGUCACACCGAGCUGCACAGCUCUGCGGAGCGGGAAUGGCUGCGAUCGUGGACAAAAUAAGGGAGAACCGAGGACUGGAUCAUCUGGACAUCACUGUGGGGGUGGAUGGCACGCUUUACAAACUCCAUCCACACUUCUCGAGAAUUCUGAAGGAUACAGUGAAAGAACUUGCUCCCAAGUGUAAAGUGGAUUUCGUCCUCUCAGAAGAUGGCAGUGGGAAGGGAGCAGCACUUAUUACAGCUGUGGCUCGUCAGUAUUGUAAGAAGACAUAACUACACUGAAGUUUCCUUCUUCCAGCAGAAUAUAUACUGAAGGAUUGCUAUUUAUCUGUAGCUAGAAUUGAACAGCAUAGGAGCUAUUCAGCUGCAGUUAAUAUUGCCAAAAGUAUUCGCUCACCUGCCUUGACUCGCAUAUGAACUUAAGUGACAUCCCAUUCCUAAUCCAUAGGGUUCAAUAUGACUUAGGCCCGCCCUUUGCAGCUAUAACAGCUUCAACUCUUCUGGGAAGGCUGUCCACAAGGUUUAGGAGUGUGUUUAUGGGAAUUUUUGACCAUUCUUCCAGAAGCGCAUUUGUGAGGUCACACACUGAUGUCCCACAAAGUUGGGAGCAUGGAAUUGUCCAAAAUGUCUUGGUAUGCUGAAGCAUUCAGAGUUCCUUUCACUGGAACUAAGGGGCCAAGCCCAGCUCCUGAAAAACAACCCCACACCAUAAUCCCCCCUCCACCAAACUUUACACUUGGCACAAUGCAGUCAGACAAGUACCGUUCUCCUGGCAACCGCCAAACCCAGACUCGUCCAUCAGAUUGCCAGAUGGAGAAGCGCGAUUCGUCACUCCAGAGAACGCGUCUCCACUGCUCUAGAGUCCAGUGGCGGCGUGCUUUACACCACUGCAUCCGACGCUUUGCAUUGCACUUGGUGAUGUAUGGCUUGGAUGCAGCUGCUCGGCCAUGAAAACCCAUUCCAUGAAGCUCUCUGCGCACUGUUCUUGAGCUAAUCUGAAGGCCACAUGAAGUUUGGAGGUCUGUAGCGAUUGACUCUGCAGAAAGUUGGCGACCUCUUCGGACUAUGCGCCUCAGCAUCCGCUGACCCCGCUCCGUCAGUUUACGUGGCCUACCACUUCGUGGCUGAGUUGCUGUCGUUCCCAAACACUUCCACGUUCUUAUAAUACAGCUGACAGUUGACUGUGGAAUAUUUAGGAGCGAGGAAAUUUCACGACUGGAUUUGUUGCACAGGUGGCAUCCUAUCACAGUUCCACGCUGGAAUUCACUGAGCUCCUGAGAGCAACCCAUUCUUUCACAAAUGUUUGUAAAAACAGUCUGCAUGCCUAGGUGCUUGAUUUUAUACACCUGUGGCCAUGGAAGUGAUUGGAACACCUGAUUCUGAUUAUUUGGAUGGGUGAGCGAAUACUUUUGGCAAUAUAGUGUAUAUAUAGACAAAUAAAGUGCAUCAAGAUGCUUCUGAGUCUUACAAGCUUUGUUGGAUAUAAUUACUGGCUUGAUUGGAAUGUUCAUGUUCAGUUUAUUUUAGCUGUGUAGCAUUUUAAUGAUUACUAAGACAGCGAGAACCAGGGCCUUUUCUGCUAAUUCAUCUCAGGUUGUCUGCUGUGCCACUGAUUUCACUGCUGUCACACAUUGACUGUGUGAGUAAUUGCCCCCAAACCCCCCCAGCCCCCGCCCCCCCGGGUGCAGCCCCUCCAUCCCCCGUCCCUUAUUGUCAUUGUGAGCAGGUUUGCAUGGGCAGGCAGAGAGAAUAGCACGGAUAAGGCUCAUCUAGAGCGGAAAGUGGCUUUGUAUACUGGAAUGUCACGAGUGUGUUCAGACCAGCCAAGAACACAUUCUCAUCCACAAGGUGUCCAUUGAAUUAACAGCAACACGACAAGACCACAAACCUUUAUUGCUUUGAGAAACGUGGUGAAGAGCAUGGCUUAUGAUCUCUGUGAAUUUUGAAUCAUUUUUUUUGUUUUGUAAAGUUUAUGAAUCGUAUUUAAUUCACCAGUUCUUAUUUUUUUUUUAUUACAAAAUGUAGAAUGUUUGAUUGUGUUAUUACUUCAAAAAAUCAGCCAUGUAUCAUAAAUGCUAUUAAAUAUAUUUAUUAAUUAAUUCAUUAAUAUAUUAACUGUAGUUUUAGUUGAAAUAUGGAUCACACUUGAGGUUAAAAUUGUCUUACUAAAUAAUUCUGAUAGCUGCUGAUAAUGUAAAAAUAAAUCGUAUGCUGUAGUGAACUCAAAUCUAUCGCUCUGUCUACUGAAUUAAGCUUCAGCAGGAUUAUACAGAUACAAGACUUCAAUCAGGUCAGCUGCAGUAAAGGGGAAAACUACUCAUGUUAAUCCUCCCUAGCUAAUGCUAACCAAUUUCUUUCACCUCGAAGCAAAGCCUAUAGUGGAACACACACACACACGUGCAUACAUGAGCUCCUGCUGAGACUGACACACACAUACUGACAUACUGUACACACAGAUAAUGCCAUUUUUUCAUAAACUGUCUUUUGUUGAUGCACCAUUAAGUGUCUUAUAUUAUUGUCUGAGAUAAAAGAAUAAACGUUUCCAUGUCAGU